CCUUCUCCCCGCCAUCUCCAUCUUCCUCCUCACCGCAGCCGGCACAAACGCACUCACCGCCUCCUGUCUCAGGCGCAGCUUCCUAUACCGUUUUUGCCUCCACCGGGGGGCGAAGGGUCAUCAUGCAAGGAGCCCGAUCGUUCCCCAGCCUUCAGCAGUGGGUCGAGAGCCAUGGUGCCGAGGAAUGCUUCUCCGUCAUUUAGCGUCCCAGCGCAGCUCCCUAUCCUCGUGGGAGAAGGCUAGAGCAUACGGGAUGUCCAGGCUUUAUCUCAUAUUGCUGAGUUUACUGGUAAUGACCUCAUUGGAAGUCAUUUCCUCAAAAGUCUUUGGACACAAGACGGAGUACAGCUAGCAUUUAACAAUGACUUUCUCAUGCACGCCGUCCUCAUGACUAGCUCUACCCAGCUUCAACGCCUCAAUCCAGCUUCCUACGAAGAACACAGGAUCGAGUCCAACAAGCAUCUCCAGGCUUCCAUCCGCUCCUUCCGCAGCGCCAUCAGCAGCCCAACCUACGUCACCAAUAACUUCGAGGCCGUCCUAGCUACCACCUUCCUCUUCCUCAUGCACUCAGGCAGUAACCCCACCUUCGACCCGUCACAGCCCGGUAUGGAUGGUUUUCUCCAGCACGCCUGCGGUCUCUACGAUAUCGUUCGCUAUAACCCAGCCUGUGUUCCCCGUAGCCCUUUCGCCCCUCUCUGCACACCAAUGCUGCUACCAGACAUCUCCCCCGAUAGUGGACCCGGCUACAAUCUCUCCCUCAUGAUUAAAACGACGAAUCCUCAUUAUGCAAACUCCGAUUUCGGGUCCUAUGAGUCAAUAAUAAAUAGCUUGGCGCCCAUCCUUGCGAAUGUGGAAUCAGAGCUAACAUUUGACGGUGCUUCCCCGGACGCGCUGGUGCGCUCUAUCUCGUUCAUUGGCUGUCAUUCCUACCAGGCGAGUUCGUGUUGAAUCUGCGCUUGGUAGGUUCGGUAGAAUAGUAAGUGAUAAUUCGGGUAUCACGAGUAGGGCCCAAUUGAUCAG